CUGGUCACAUGAGGUGGCAGUGUGCCAAGCGGGACCAUCGUUGUCAGCGGUGCGGGUCCCUGGGGCAUGUGGAAACUGUUUGUGGCAGGUACCCUCAGGCGGAAAACUGGCGGGGAACCGUCCCGGGGUCCGGGGUCGGGUCCCGCGAUCUGACGCAGGGCCAGCCGACGGCGUAAUCACGUUGCAACCGGAUAUGACAUUCACUGCGCUGUUGAACGGAGUCAGUUGCACAUGCUUACUGGACACUGGCAGUAACAUCAGUAUAGUCAAUCGUUCGGUGUUUGACGCUCUCCCGGGCCGGCCGUCGCUGCGCAAAACCACGGUGCGUGCCAAAACUGCCUCUCUGGAUGAUCUUCCGUUGUUGGGAACAACCGUCUUGUCGUUUGAUUUUGGGGUAACUUGUGCAUCGGUUCCUGUAUUUGUAUCGGAGUCCAUCGAUGUGCCGUGUCUCCUUGGGCUGGACUUUUUACGUGUGUGCCCGUGCGUCAUUGAUGUCCGACGGAGCCGGCUGGUACUGACGCCAACAGCUGCUGUGCGUUCGGUGUCGGCCGAAGCCGUCUCUGUGGGGAAUGUGGUGGUGAGUCGUGACACGGUGAUAUAUCCGGGUGAUGAGGUACUCGUACGUGGUUUUGUGUCCCGCUGUGACUAUCGUGGCCCAGCUGUUGUGCAACCCCAGCUGGAGAUUGUGGGUCUUGAGUUCGUCAGUACGCUAGUCGAGGUGUCCGGGCCAUCCGUACCUUGUGUGGUUCGGAACAUAACGACUGAACCGAUAUCGAUUCUUAAACGUAGUGAAUUGGGGCAACUUGAAGUGGGGUUUGCUGAGGAGAUUGCGGACGCGCCCAUUAGCCCUCACGGUAGAAAUGUUUGUGAUAAGUUUGAUUUGAACACAUGUGGGCUAUCUGAUGAGCAAAAGGACCAGGUAAGGGAUGUACUGAACAAACACGAACAGAUGUUUGACGGACAUAUUGGUUUUACCACCCUAGUUAGCCACAGCAUUGACACGGGUGACAGCCCGCCGGUGCGUCAGCCACCGAGACGCAUACCUACCCAUCUUGCCACUGAAGUGAAGGCGCAGAUAGAGGAUCUUGUGAGACAGGGUGUGCUGGAGGAGUGUAUGGGAAGCUGGGCUUCCCCGAUCUGCCUGGUGAGACGGAAAAACGGUAAGAUUCGCAUAUGUGCGGAUCUCCGGCGGCUCAAUUCCGUAACUCGACCAUCAUCUUAUCCCAUUCCUCGUGUGGAUGAGUCACUUGAAGCGCUAUCAGGUUCCAACAUGUUCUGUGUCUUGGAUAUGAACAACGCGUAUUUUCAGGUGGGAGUGGAUCCGGAUGACAAGGACAAAACUGCCAUAAUCACUCCUUUUGGCUGCCAUCGCUAUUCUCGGAUGCCGUUCGGCUGUUCGGGAGCCCCUUCCACGUGCGCUCGGCUGCUCGAUGUGGUGCUCAAAGAUGUGCCAUCUUCCAGUUGUGUUCACUAUUUUGACGAUGUGAUUGUUCAUGGUUCUGAUUUUAAAGAUGUGCUGGCCAAACUAGACUGUGUUCUGACUCGUUUGCAGGAUGCUGGUCUGACAUUGAACCCGGAAAAGUGUGAGUUAUUUCGUUCCAGCGUCACAUUUUUAGGUCAUGUUGUUUCUAGUGAAGGAAUUGGAACCGACCCAGAAAAGGUUAGGAAAAUUUUGGAGUGGCCGCAGCCGUGCAAUGUGAAGGAACUUGGUAGUUUCCUUGGGUUGGCAUCUUACUUCCGCAAAUAUAUUCCUCACUUUGCAGAAGUGGCAGCCCCGUUAUUCAAACUUACCCAGAAAGAUGUCACGUUCUCUUGGUCACCAGAGGCACAGUCUUCGUUCGAGGCGCUGAAGACUGCUCUGACGGACGCUCCAGUGAUGGCCUUUCCACAGUUCGGAGACGGUGCUGGUGUCUUCACGCUGGACUGUGACGCGAGCGAUGAAGGCGUUGGAGCGGUCUUGUUACAGGAGCAGGGUGGCGUGGAUCGGGUCGUAGCCUACGGAAGCCGCCGACUGUCCAAGGCUCAGCGAAAUUAUAGCACGACGAGGAAGGAGCUGUUGUCGUGCGUUUUAUUCACGCAACAUUUUCGGCACUACCUUCUUGGCCGUAAGUUUCGGUUACGUUCAGACCAUGCCAGUCUCCAGUGGCUUUUAAAUUUCAGACAUCCUACUGGAGUGAUUGCCAGGUGGUUUGAAAUUUUGUCAGAGUUCGAUUUUGAUAUUUUGUAUCGUCCAGGUGCAGAGAACGUUGUCGCCGACGCGCUGAGCCGACGACCGGCUGACCGGGUGGAAGUCUCCACACAGACCGACGAGCCCACUGUCCGUGCAGUUUCAGCCCUUUCGUGGUCGUCCAGCUACCUCAGGGAACAGCAGGAUCAGGACGGGGCUGUUGCUGAAGUAACGCGUUUUCUGUCCGCGGGUGUGAAACCUCGAAGGCGUGAGGUGUCUGCGGCGGUGUCGCCGUUCCUCGGGCAGUGGUCUAGGCUGACUCUUCUGAAUGGUGUUCUUUACAGGAUGUACAAAAGACGUGCUGGUGAAGCUGAGAGACUGCAGGUUGUCGUGCCUGAGUCGCUGGUUCCGGGAGUGCUGACAUCGCUCCAUGCAGGUCCGGCUGGUGGUCACUUUGGAGCUGAAAAACUUCUGGAACAGAUUCGGGCCAGGUUCUGGUGGCCUGACAUGGCUCGCAGUGUUGAGACGUUUUGCAGGAGCUGUGAGCGGUGUAACACCAGAAAGGACCCGGUCCCUCGACCUCGUGCUGGCAUGGGGGAAUUGUAUGCAGCUGAGCCUUUUGACACUGUGUGCAUUGACAUUUUGAGUGGAUUGCCGACAACUGGUAGGGGAAAUAAGCAUCUGCUUGUGGUGUGUGACGCGUUUACACGCUGGUGUGAAACAUACCCUCUUCCUGACAUGAAGGCCACGACUGUAGCCUCAACUCUGGUCAAUGAGUUUUUUGCCAGGUACGGCUGCCCUCGGCGACUGCAUUCUGAUGGUGCUGCAAAUUUUACAGGUGCGAUUCUCGCGGAAACCUGUCGGUUGCUGGGGAUUGAAAAGUCGAAAAUAUCGUCCUAUCAUCCAGAGGGGAACGCUAAGGCUGAGCGCCUCAUGCGUACCAUUCUCGGCAUGCUCUCAAAGUACCUCGACAAUAAUCACACGGAAUGGGAUCUACACCUCCCUUUGCUAAUGCUGGGGUACCGCGCCCAAAUCCAUUCUUCGCUGGGGUACUCACCCUAUUAUCUGAUGUUUGCGCGCGAACCAAAACUGCCAGCGGAGGCGGUGUUGGGUGCGCCAGUGCCGACGAGUAGUCGAUCAGUGGCAGAGUAUGUGGACGGGCUUUGCGCUAGUCUGCGGUUGGCGCACCACUUUGCCAUCUCUGCAUCUGAUCGCCGGCACGCUCGCAACAAACGAGCUUAUGAAAGUAAGUUGAACGAGUUCACAUUUCACCCAGGCGACCUGGUUUACCUACACAAAGCGGUAGUUCCCGUUGGUCAGUACUACAAAUUCUUGAGACCUUGGAAGCCCGCUACGAUACUCCGGAAAGUGGGCGAUAUGAAUUACAGGGUAAAGCUCGAUGGCAAUGGUAAAACGAUUUUGGUUCACCAUAAUCGGCUAAAGCCUCGAGCUGUGUCCCCGAGAGACGUGUCUGAGGAGCCCGAGUCCGAGUCUGUUGGACCUGAUGUUGAUGGUGUUCCUGAUGUGCGUGCCGAGCAAAUUGUCCCCAAAGCCGGCCGAUACGGAACGCACAGUGCAUUAGAUAAUCGUGGUUCCCUUGAAGUUACAGCGCCGGAUGUGUCUACCUGUGUUGGUGUUGUGUCAGAUGUGUGGAACAAUGGAGGGGAGUGGAUUGUGUGCAGUGGUGUCCCGUCUGACGCCGCCUAUGCCCCGUCUGACGCCGACGUUGUUCCGUCUGACGCCGCCGGUGUCCCGUCUGACGCCGCCGGUGUCCCGUCUGACGCCGCCGGUGUCCCGUCUGACGCCGCCGGUGUCCCGUCUGACGCCGCCGGUGUCCCGUCUGAUGCCGCUGGUGGCCCUCUCGACGUUGUUGUGGCCCCUCUUGACGUUCCUGAUGCCUCACCUGGCGCUGCUGGUGCCCAUCCUGACGCUGUUGGUGUCCAGUCUGGCGCCGCUCGUGCCCCUCCUGACGCUGCUGGGAUCCCUUCUGGUGCUGCUGGGAUCCCGUCUGACACUGCUGGUGUCCAGUUUGACAUCGUGGAUGCCGGUGCCACGCCUGGUGUUCUGGGUGACGUUGCUGGUGCUCGGGGUGACUCUGGUAAUGCGCAGGGUGAUUCUGUUCAUUAUCAUGAGCGGGGUGACUGUGUUCCGGGCUCUGAUGUUGGCGCUGUUGUGAGUGGGAGUCAAGGUGCGUCUGUGGACUCCGAUGCAGGUGCAAGUGUUGAGUCUGAGUUGGGUCCGGGUGGUGCGCGGCGGCGUCCGGUUCGGUUGCGUAAACCACCCGAUUACUAUGUGCCAU